GAACCACCUGCACCAGGAAACUUGGCUUAAUUGGUAGCCGAUAUGAGCCCUGCUAUAUUUGGUCUCGGUGGGCAAGAUGUCUACGAUGAAAGUUAUCACAAGGCUUUAAAACUUGACCCAUUUCAUUUCUCCUUGAAUUUCUAUCAUGAUUGUGGCAUCAUCGAUUUAGUUGCGCAGAUCUUGCUUCCAGAUUGGAAAAUGGACAGUAAUAACCAUAGAGGCGUUAGGGCUGAGCUGUAUAAGCUGAACAUUAUACCGGUCCAUCUGGUCACUUUCGUGCACAUGUCGAUACACCACGCUCCGAGUCUCAAUUUGGAUCACUUGUCGUUUGUCUACCGGUUGCUCAUGAGGGUGGCCAACUCGAGGUCCGACACAAUGGCAAGACUAUAUCAUUUGACUGGUCACAGCUUGAAAUUAAUCGUCCAUCUAUUCAAUGGGCUGCAUUCUACAGUGAUUGCGAACACGAAGUUUUCCAAGGUUCGAUCUGGGCACCGCAUUACGCUGACGUAUAACCUUGAUGCAACGCGUGGAAAUGACCAACUAACUAGCCAUCCUAGGCCUCUAGACUUGAUUCAGGUGCCUCUAUACAAUCAUAUGCAUGCUAUCAUUAGCCAAGAGAUGUUCAUGCCCAAAGGUGGAUAUCUAGGCUUCUAUACAACGCAUAGUUAUCCUCAUACUAGUUGGCACUUUUGUGAACCAGAUACGCUCAAAGGUCUUGACAUGGCUAUAUGGAAGUGCUUUCGGGCCCUUGGGUGCUCCGUGUACCUACGCCCAGUCGCUCAAGAAGAUGAUAAUGAUCGUAAAGAAGGGGGUUUUAACCAGCGGAAAGAGGUAUGGGUCGGUGGAUCGCUGCGUAGAGCCGAAACUGCCUUUUUUUUCCUUCUUUUUUAAACUACGACGAGAUGAGAGAUGAGACAGCGGUCUUAUUUAAAGGGUGGUCUAGAACAGGCGACGGCCUAAGAUUUCGCUAUUCAGACAUCUCCUGGUUGAACGACCUAGGAAAAAGGGAAUUCUAGCUUGCGUAC